AUGGCCCCCGUUACUACUCGUGGUCGCAAGGCCCAGAAGGUCACCAAGAAGUACAUCAUCAACGCUUCCCAGCCCGUUGGUGACAAGAUCUUCGACCUCUCCGCUUUCGAGAAGUUCCUCCACGACCGCAUCAAGGUCGAGGGCCGUGUCGGUAACCUCGGUGACAAGGUCGUCAUCUCCCAGGCUGGUGACGGCAAGGUCGAGGUUGUUGCUCACAUCCCCUUCUCUGGCCGCUACCUCAAGUACCUCACCAAGAAGUACCUCAAGAAGCAGCAGCUCCGUGACUGGCUCCGCGUUGUCUCCACUUCCAAGGGUGUCUACGAGCUCCGCUUCUACAACGUCGUCAACGACGAGGGCGAGGAGGAUGAGGAGUAAAUUACUCCUUCACGAAACAACCAAUUGAAAAAAUCGGAAAAUUACCAGACAAGUGUGCUCGCGUCAGGGGUUGCCAAUAAUGGGAGCGAUAUCUGAAUUGAGGGUUAUUAUUUGGAGUCGGGAUUGGGUAUAGAUGCGCUCUACUGGGAGGGAUUCCUAUGCCGCCUUGGGUGAUGGCUGGUGUUGCAUGUACCUGAGAAGGUGGCAUCGCUGCAGCUGGCCUGGCUCGUCAUGGCUACCUCUACUCAUGACGUUAUGACUGGUAGAUACGAUUGAAUAGAGCAAUCUAUCACUCGAACCCAUGUUAUCUCCUUGUAGAAUGCGUAGUAACAUUGUACAAUUUUCGGUGUCUGUACCGUGGGU